CCACGCCGUCGCCGCCCACCACCACCGCCCCAUCCGUAGUCACUCGCUAUUUGGCUGUCCGCUUCACUCAUUUAGCGGCGGUCACCACGUUCCAGCACCAUGGUCUAUCUCACUGUGGCGGCGCUCUUGGCGUCUGGACUGCUGGCCUCGGUUUCGGCUGGGAAUGUGCAACAUCAAGCCCAUGGUCACGGCCAUCUUCACCGUAGAAAUAAUGCUGAGCAGCCGCCCAAAUAUAAUUCUCCGGCCCAGUACCAGCCCUCAACCCCCAAGGAGGCGGCGCCCAAGUACGAAAUUCCAGCAGAGUUGCAGCCAAAUGCCACGACUUGCGGUUGUUCAACGUAUACCACAACCUGGUAUGGCGAGGCAACACUGUACAACCCACACAAGCCAUCUAGCAGCUCGACCUCCGUAGAAGCAAAGCCUUCCCAACCAGCUCCAGCUCCAGCUCCAAAGCCAUACAGCCCACCAAAGCCUGCUGCUCCAGAGGCACCGAAAACACCAUCUGGUCCGUCUGACAAUGCCCCUCCUAAACAGCCAGCCCCACCGGCACACAGCCCACCCCAACAACAAGACCAACCCAAGCCCGCCCCUGCUCCACAAUCCAGCACCGACAAGCCUUCCAAUUCCGGCGGCAUUCAGCCCAAUGGCAAUCAAUGGGCCAUGACCUACACGCCUUACCGCGCAGAUGGAGGCUGCAAAUCCGCGGGCGAAGUCAACUCGGACAUCUCCAAAAUCAAGUCUAAGGGUUUCAACACAGUGCGUCUCUACGCAACCGACUGCAGCGGCCCAGAAAAUGUCGGCGCAGCCUGCAAAGCCAAUGGCAUGUCCAUCAUCCUUGGCAUCUUCAUCGACACCAAAGGUCUCGGCGCCGCACACGAGCAAGCUCAGGACCUGAUGGACUGGGGCAAGAAUGGCAACAACUGGUCUAUGGUCGUCAUGGUAGUCGCAGGCAACGAAGCCAUUUUCAGUGGUGCCGUCGCCGCUCAGGACAUGGCCUCCUUCCUCACCGACAUCAAACCUCAAUUCAAAUCCGCCGGGUACAAUGGUCCAAUAACCACGACUGAGCCUCUGAAUGUGAUGCAAGCCAACUCCGCUACCCUGUGCCCGGUCAUUGAUGUCGUAGGCGGGAACUUGCACCCCUUCUUCAACGGCCAAUACUCAGCUUCCCAAGCCGGUGAACUCGUGGCACAGCAGCUCAAAGAUCUGGCCGCGUGCUGCGGCGGAUCAAAGGAGGCCUACAAUUUGGAGACCGGCUGGCCGAGCCAGGGACAGGCGAAUGGUGUAGCAGUUCCCGGUGAGAAGGAGCAGAAGGAGGCAAUCGAGAGUAUCAUGGGGAAGGUGGGCGGCAAGAGUGUAUUCUUGUCAUAUGAGGACGAUACGUGGAAGGCUCCCGGGGAGUACGGCAUUGAGCAGCAUUGGGGAUGCGCGAGCGUUUUUGGAGAUUAGAGGGCGUGCGGACGAUAAGCAAGCGGUGGAAAGAAGGACCUGUGAGAUGAGGAUGGUGGAAGCGUGACACUCGGGAUGGAACGAUUCCGAGUGCCUCCAUUGUUUUGAUUUCUUGGUGGACUUUGGAUUUGCAGAGAUGUGCUUGAUGCUUGAUGGAAUUUUUGGAGAUAUGAUGUGCGAUGAAUAUAGCGACGGAGCAGGCGAGGUAUGCGCUCGUCUUGCGGGGUGGCGGGCAGGAUUGAGUCUUGGCCACUGUUACUAUUGCUGCCGCCACUGCUACUGUAUCACGAUCGAGAGCGCGGCGUUAUGAGAAGAAAUUGUUGUCUAUUGUUUUCUGGUUGUUUUUAUGAGCGUGCUUGGCAAGCAGCAAAGGGAAAUAUAGUAGCGUGAUACAUGAGAAGAAGCGUUUUGAGAUUGCAUCGUCUGAGCUGGCACCAACGUCCUCUUGUAUCUCCUUUUCUGUAGCGGGAUCA